CGGGGGGAGAGCGAGCAAGAAGCGAGCAAGGGAGCGACGGGCGGCCGGGCGCAGAGCAUGCCGAGCGGCGCCCGGGGCGGCCCCCGGGCUUGGACGAGGGCGCUAGCAAGGCGCGCAGGCGGCGGUGGUGCGGAGCGGCACGGGAGCCGCGACCGGCGCGGGGACGUACUGCAGUGACUCGGAGUUCGCCGUGAGCCAGCGCGGGACCGGGGGGCCUGCCCCGCCCGCCUUUCGGCCGGGACCGCCCGGCGGGGAGGCGCCCAUGCCGGACAGCCCAGCGCGGUGAGGGCGCGCGCGCGCGCGCCGGCGGGCGGGCUGGGGCUCAGCCGGCACCAUGUCCAUGCUGCCCACCUUCGGCUUCACGCAGGAGCAAGUGGCUUGCGUCUGCGAGGUGCUGCAACAGGGCGGCAACAUCGAGCGGCUGGGCCGCUUCUUGUGGUCGCUGCCUGCCUGCGAGCAUCUCCACAAGAAUGAAAGCGUGCUCAAGGCCAAGGCGGUGGUGGCCUUCCACCGCGGUAACUUCCGCGAGCUCUACAAGAUCCUGGAGAGCCAUCAGUUCUCGCCGCACAACCACGCCAAGCUGCAGCAACUGUGGCUCAAGGCGCACUACAUCGAGGCAGAGAAGCUGCGCGGCCGACCCCUGGGCGCCGUGGGCAAGUACCGCGUGCGCCGCAAGUUUCCGCUGCCGCGCUCCAUCUGGGACGGCGAGGAGACCAGCUACUGCUUCAAGGAAAAAAGUCGCAGCGUGCUGCGCGAGUGGUACGCGCACAACCCCUACCCUUCACCCCGCGAGAAGCGCGAGCUGGCAGAGGCCACGGGCCUCACCACCACGCAGGUCAGCAACUGGUUCAAGAACCGGCGGCAGCGUGACCGGGCAGCCGAGGCCAAGGAAAGGUACGAAGAGAACAGCGAGAACUCCAACUCCAACAGCCACAACCCGCUAGCGGCGUCGCUGAACGGCAGCGGCAAGUCGGUGCUAGGCAGCUCGGAGGACGAGAAGACGCCGUCGGGGACGCCAGACCACUCGUCGUCUAGCCCCGCACUGCUGCUCAGCCCGCCGCCGCCACCAGGGCUGCCGUCCCUGCACAGCCUGGGUCACCCUCCUGGCCCCAGCGCGGUGCCGGUGCCGGUGCCGGGCGGAGGAGGCGCCGACCCGCUGCAGCACCACCACAGCCUGCAGGACUCCAUCCUCAACCCUAUGUCGGCCAACCUCGUGGACCUGGGCUCCUAGAGCCCCGCCUGCCUCGAAGCGCCGGCCUUCCGGGCUUGGCACUGGAAACUUCAGAGAGACCGUGUCGGGAGGGCGCUCGGCGCCGGCGGCCCCACCAGGUACUGAAACACCCGCACGCUGAGCGGGGCAGAACCGCCGGCCCCGGCAGGGCGGAUGGCUGUCUGGUUUGGUCUUCGUUCGGGAUUUAUUUUCAACAAGUUGCUUUUGAGAUCCUUUGAAGGACUGGGACCGGGUAAUGAACCAGGGAAGGGAAUAAAUUAUACACCAUCCUCAUCCUCUCCCUAUGUUCUCUUGGCUUCUCUUUCCUUCUGUUCUCUCUUCCUUUGCUUUGCCUUCCUUGCUCUU